AUCUCUUGAGCACUCUGGAGUACAGCUCUCCUGUAACUGCCACAUGAAAGCUUUAUAAAUGGUCUCCUUGCCCCCCAGAUGCUGAAGUGACCAUCUUGGAAAUAAAGUUCCAGCCCUGCCACCAGCUGGGCUUGGACCGCCCAUGAGAACUUCUCACCCAUCGCUACCCAACAUGAUGCCCAAUGCAGCUCUCCUAGCGUGCGACUUGCUGCUCCCUGAAGCCACAAGGACCUCUUGCUUCUGCAUCCUUCCAAGUCUAGCUCAGACGACCCCUCACCCUGGGGUAGGAGCUCCUCCACUCCAUUCCUCACAGCACCCUGCCAUCAGUGGGACUGGGGAGCAGAACACUGGCCACGUCACAUCAACUCAGGGUUGGCCCCGCACACAGAAAAGGCCAGCUUGCUGGGAACUAACUUGCCCCUGAAUGAAACGGUAAUAACCACAGCCUGCAAAUAUCUCUAAGCCUCACUCAAAACAGGUCAUGUUUGCUCAUGACCAAAUUCUGGUAGAUCAGGAGGCAUCGGGACAGACUCCAGGAAGUCACUGGUGGCAGGAGACUGGUCUGCUGAGUCACAGCGGCCCCACGCUCCAGGCUGUUUGUUCCUGCUGCUUCCUUUGGGAUUAACUGGAGAUUGAACCUGUUCGUCUUGUUCCAGCUCAGCCCCUGCAACCAACUGUCGGCUGGGCUCCGAGUCACCUGAGAGGUGAGGUGAGCCCUGGCCCUGUUGCAUGAUCAGACACCUCUGGAAGAGCCAGCUGUGUGAGAUGGUGCAGCCCAGUGGCGGCCCGGCAGCAGAUCAGGACGUGCUGGACGAAGAGUCUCCUCUGGGGAAGCCAGCCAUGUUGCACCUGCCUUCAGAGCAGGGUGCUCCUGAGACCCUGCAGCGCUGCCUGGAGGAGAAUCAAGAGCUCCGAGAUGCCAUCCGGCAGAGCAACCAGAUGCUGCGGGAGCGCUGUGAGGAGCUUCUGCAUUUCCAAGCCAGCCAGAGGGAAGAGAAGGAGUUCCUCAUGUGCAAAUUCCAGGAGGCCAGGAAACUGGUGGAGAGACUCAGCCUGGAGAAGCUCGACCUGAAGAGGCAGAAGGAGCAGGCCGUGCGGGAGGUGGAGCACCUGAAGAGAUGCCAGCAGAUGGCUGAGGACAAGGCCUCUGUGAAAGCCCAGGUGACGUCCUUGCUCGGGGAGCUCCAGGAGAGCCAGAGUCGCUUGGAGGCUGCCACUAAGGAAUGCCAGGCUCUGGAGGGUCGGGCCCGGGCGGCCAGCGAGCAGGUGCGGCAGCUGGAGAGCGAGCGUGAGGCACUGCAGCAGCAGCACAACGUGCAGGUGGACCAGCUGCGCAUGCAGGCCCAGAGCGUGGAGGCCGCGCUCCGCAUGGAGCGACAGGCCGCCUCGGAGGAGAAGCGGAAGCUGGCUCAGUUGCAGGUGGCCUAUCACCAGCUCUUCCAAGAAUACGACAGCCACAUCAAGAGCAGUGUGGUGAGCAGUGAGCGGAAGCGAGGAAUGCAGCUGGAAGAUGUCAAGCAGCAGCUCCAGCAGGCUGAGGAGGCCCUGGUGGCCAAACAGGAGGUGAUCGAUAAGCUGAAGGAGGAGGCCGAGCAGCACAAGAUGGUGAUGGAGACUGUUCCAGUGCUGAAGGCGCAGGCGGACAUCUACAAGGCGGACUUCCAGGCUGAGAGGCAGGCCCGGGAGAAGCUGGCUGAGAAGAAGGAGCUGUUGCAGGAGCAGCUGGAGCAGCUGCAGAGGGAGUACAGCAAAUUGAAGGCUACCUGUCAGGAGUCGGCCAGGAUUGAGGACAUGAGGAAGCGGCACGUAGAGGUCUCCCAGGCCCCCUUGCCCCCUGCCCCCGCCCACCACUCCUUUCUCCUGGCUCAGCCCAACCAGAGGAGGAGCCCCCCUGAGGAGCCGCCUGACUUCUGCUGUCCCAAGUGCCAGUAUCAGGCCCCUGAUAUGGACACCCUGCAGAUACAUGUCAUGGAGUGCAUUGAGUAGAGCCGGCCAGCGCAAGGCCACUGCCUGCCGAGGACAUGCCCGGGAACGUGCUGUCUGUGCUUUCUUCUCCUGCCUGCCUAGCCCAGGAUGAAGGGCUAGAUGACCACGAGUAGGGUGCUGCCUGGAGCCCCAGGAGCCUGCUGCGGUGCCUUAGGCUUCAGCUCUGGGUCCACUGGUCCCCUCUUGUAGGGCAGCUGCAGUCCCGAGCAGGCCUGAUACACUGCUCUUCUUGUUGCCUUCUGUCUGCUUGAACCACUUGCCUUGGGCUGAUCCCUCCUUCUUCCUCCACUUCCCACUGGGGAAGUCAAGAAUGGCGACCAGGUGCUCUCAGGGAGAACUGCUUCCCCACUUCCCUGGGCAGAGCUGGGUGGCAGCUCUUCCUACUGGCCACCGACCCGCCCGCUGCUGUGCUCUGGGAGUGCUGCCCUCUUACAGUGCACACGGCUGCUGUCCUUGUGGACCGCAUGCUAUCCCUUUUUGCAGUGAGACCGAUGUGUAUUUAACCAGUCACUAUUGAUGGACAUUUGGAUUGUUUCCAGUCUUUUUGUUACCAUAAAUAACGGCACAGUAAAAAUCCUUGUGCAU